AUGCCCACAGAGCUUCCAUAUGCCGCAGAUGCGGAGGUGUCAUUAUCCUACGACGAACUUGAAGUCCUACGUCUGCAAUAUCAGAAAGAACUUUCACAAGCGCAUGUUUCAAUCCAAACAAAAUUUAACUAUGCCUGGGGUCUGGUCAAGAGCCCGAUGCGCGAGCACCAGGUAGAAGGGGUACGGUUACUGCAAGAUAUAUAUCGCUCGGAGCCGACACGACGACGCGAAUGCUUAUAUUACCUUGCCCUUGGACACUACAAGAUGAGCAACUAUGAGGAGGCAAAGAAGUUUAAUUCAUUACUCUUAGAGAAGGAGCCCACAAAUCUCCAAGCACAGAGUCUUGGUUCACUUAUCGAGCAGCGGGUUACAAGAGAUGGGUACAUCGGCAUGGCCAUUGCUGGCGGGGCUGCUGCUAUUGGCACGAUCCUUCUUGCAUCCCUUGUACGACGGGCAGCACGAAAAUAG